CUUUUCUCGACUACUACGAUAUACCUUAUAAAGUUGUUGAGGUCAAUCCAUUUAGCAAGAAAGAGAUUAAAUGGUCAGAUUAUAAGAAGGUGCCAAUAUUGGUGGUUGAUGGUGAACAGCUGGUUGACUCGUCAGCCAUUAUUGACCAGUUGAGCCACAAGGUUCUGUUGGACAGAAAUACUGAUUCGGUCUCCGAAGAUGAUGAAGAGACAAAAUGGCGUCGAUGGGUAGAUAAUCACUUGGUACAUGUCUUAUCACCAAACAUAUAUCGAAAUACUUCCGAGGCCCUUGAAUCAUUUGACUACAUUGCUAGUAAUGGUAACUUUGGUGCUGCUGAAAAGAUUACUGUAAAGUAUGCUGGGGCAGCUGCUAUGUAUUUCGUGUCAAAGAAACUGAAGAAGAAAUAUAAUAUUACUGAUGAGCGUGCAGCCUUAUAUGAAGCAGCAGAAACGUGGGUAGAUGCUUUGAAUGGACGGGACUUCCUAGGAGGCUCAAAACCUAAUCUAGCUGAUCUUGCGGUGUUCGGGGUGUUAAGACCCAUCCGUUACCUGAGAUCUGGUAAAGACAUGGUGGAGCACACACGUAUUGGUGAAUGGUACGCCAAAAUGGAGAGCAUUGUGGGAGGCUCCUCCAGGAUCAAAGCCUAAUCCCUCUCUGCCGUCAAAUCUAAUUUUCUGGGCGUUGGUUACCCUGGAAAGAUCACUUUUUGUUCACUAGAUGAUUUUCUCUGUGGGUACACAAAAUCUAAUAUGUGCAAAUUUUGAUAUUCCAAUUGAUUUUUUGGGAACCUAUCAUUGAUACCAUAAGAAAUGUUGUCAGUCAUCAAUAUCUAAAUAAUAAAAAGAAUCUGUUCUCUUUUUCAUUCUUUAAGAUGAGAAAUACUUAUUGGAUAGAGCUUAUUGUGGUCUGUUGCAAGAGAUUGCUGAGAAAACCAGCCCCAUUUGGAGAGGAAGACCCACUAAUGGAAAUACAGAGCUCAACACAUGGCUGCUAUCAAAGUAGGUUUUCACACCAGCCUUGUGAUUUUAAUCAUUAUUCUCAAUGAUUGUUCAGAAAUAUGUACUUGCAAGUCGCUUUUGUUUCUGAAGGGGAAUGUAUUGUUUAUGUGAUUUAAUAUGUUGGGGAUAAUAAUUUUUAACAUAUUUUGCAAAA